AUGUCGCUCUACUCCGCCAACUUGAGCAAGAUCCAGAAGUACGUCGAAUCCUUCCUCUCCACUGCCUCUGGUCCCCGACACAGCUUCCAUCACGCAGGCCUAGAUUACGUGCGCGACGCCGGCUCGCUCGACCCCAGCACCACCAGCACCAGAAGCCUCUCCCGACACCAUUCCCUCGAGCCCCUAGGUCUUGCUGUCUCUAGUGACUUGCUCUCUGACGCUUCCUCCCAGACCUUUGUGGCCCAGCAGUUGGAUCCCAAAACCUCCUUUAUCAUCCUCAACCAGUUGGUCACCAUCAUCAACACAGACAUCCCCUUUUUCGACUCCAACAACACCCUUUCCAACCCAGCCUCAGAUAUCAUCUCCAAUUCCAAUGACCCAAACUCCUCCAAUAGCCCCAAUGGCUCCAACGAUGCCAGUAUCUUGAACAACUUGAACGAUAUAAUCACAAGCGACCAGCUCAAUUCCAUACUCAUUCUCUCCAAAUCUCUCCCACUAAUCAAUUCUUCCUCCGAUUUAGUCAAUUUAUUCAAUUACCAAUUUUUCAAUACCCUAUUCCACUUUCUAGCCAAUUUGUUAUUCAAAAUCUCCUCGGUUAAAUUCUCAAUCAAUUCAAUUGCCUAUAGAUUGUACAUUUCAAUUAUAAAAAUCUUCAAUUUUUUCCUAAAUGGCUCUUUAUUUCCCAGUGAGAUUAACCACAAAAAGAGCAAUACUGCAGACAGCAACAUUUCCAUAAAUAUCGGUACCAAAAAUAAGAAUAAUAAUCGCAAUCUUAAUACCAUAGAUACAGACAUCAAUACAGGCACUGGUACUGACGCCGAUACGGAUACAGAUACGGAUACAGAUACGGAUACCGGCCCAGACCCAGAAACUGACGCUGACAAUACAAAGAUUAUCAAUAAAGACCUUAUCAAUUCCACAAACGCCACCAUCAAUAUUGACAACAUUGAUAACGACGACGAUAACGACUCUAAUAACAAUAAUGACCUGAACUCAAUUUCAAUCAAUAACGAACAAAACCUAUUUGAUUCAAAUUUAUUUGAUUCAAUCAUAAACAAUUAUUCCUUUAUAAGAUUCAUCUCAAUUAAUUUGAUAUCCUCCAAUGACAACGACUUUAUAAAGGAAUCAAUCAACUUUAUCAUAUUAAUCUUUCAAAAAUCUUUCAAAAACUUCCCCAUUGUAUCUGUAUUUCUCUAUCAAAAAAUUAAAGAAAACAAUCUAUUAUCCUCUUUAAAUUCAAUCAAAAAUUAUUACUUUUCCUCUUUAAAUAAUAUCACAAUCAAAAUUAACAGUCCUGAUAAUAGCCCGAGCCCUAAAGUAAAUAGCCCUAAAAUCACAAACCCUAACAACACCGUUUUAAUUCAUCACAACUCAAAUGAUACUCUCAAUCAAUUUAAUAACAUCAACUCUUAUAACUAUAACCAGUUUUCCGAUAUCACCAAUAACGACUUGAAAAAUUUAGAUAAUGAUUCCAAAAAAUUAAACUACUUUUACAAAUCCAUCUUCGAUCCUGCGAUUUUAGAACUAAUAGAUCAAUUUCAUGACACUUUUAAUUCAAUAAUCAAUUUGUUAAAUAAUCUCAAAAUUAAUCCCCAAAUUAAAUUACAUUCUCAUUAUAUAAACUCUUUGUUAAAUUUAAUCAAAUCUUAUUCUUUUAAAAUUAAAAAUCUUUCAAGCAACUACUAUAUAUCAAACUCUUCAAAUAAUGGUAAUAAUGGUAAUACUAAUAAUAACAAUGCUAACGAAAAUAACUCGAAAGAUAAUUCAUCUCUUUCAAAUUUAUUCAAACCAAAUCAAAAGUUACUCCUGGACUCCGAAACCUAUCUAAAUUCUGGCUUUACCUCAAAUCCAAUUGACUUUUUAUCACAAAAUUAUUCUUUUCUCCAACUAAUUAAUGCUAUUUUGUUUUUAAAUAACCCUAAUGAUAAUUUCAAAAAAUUAUUCUCUCAACAUUUAAUUUUUGCAAGUGACAAGUUAGAUAAACAUUUUUUCCCCAUUUGUAGAUUUGCUUUAGACUUAUCUCUACUUUUAAAUAAUUAUGUUUUCCAUACUAAUGCCACUGUUAAUAAUAAUAAUAAAAAUGAUAAUAAAAAUGAUAAUAAAAAUGAUAAUAAAAAUGAUAAUAAAAAUGAUAAUAAAAAUAAUAAAAAUAAUAAAAAUAAUAAAAAUAAAAAUGAAAAUAAUCUUUCAACUUUUAAUUUUUUUAAUACUUUAGAUACUUUGCAAUCUUUUAAAAACUUAAAAAACUACUCAAAAUAUUGGGACGAAUUCUUCCAAAUAUCCAUUGUUAAUGCAUUCAAUUACUGGGAAAGUUCAAAUGCUUGUAAUGACGAUAUUGAUAAAAUACUAGAAUUAUUAGUAUUAGGUUUCAAAGAAAUUGAUUCCAUAUUAUCAAGAUCACACUCUAUUAGAGAUUCAGCGUUAAACUAUAGCCCAGUGUCCAGAAGAAAAAUUCAAAUUAAAAGAAUAAUUCAAAUUUUAUCAAGAUUUAACUAUGAAACCAUUAGAAAAAUUCAAUUAAAUAAAAUUAAACAAUUACAUUAUAAUACUUGGGAAUCAGAGACCACAAUGUUUGAUAAACAACUAAAUAUUCAAAUCUUGAGAUUUAUAAGAGAACAAAGAAUCCUACAAAUGUUUAAAGGUCAUUGGGUUCUCAAAGAUAAUCCAGGGGUAUUUGAAAAAUAUUACACGAAUUUUCCUAAAAAAUAUUAUAUUAUGUUAGCUCCUAAUAAGAACUACCUUAUUUAUAAAAUGUUUAAAAGACAGACAUCUAGAUUUCCAGAAUUAAAUAAAGAUAAAGACCAAAUAUUAUUUUUAGAUCAAAUUGCUGAUGUCAAAUCAGACAUUUUAAAAUUGUACGAUUCUAAUGAUUAUACUGGAAAUCCCUUACUAAAAAAUAGUAGAAAUUUUGUUACUAUUCCAAACCGUCAUAUUUUGACAAAAGUUGAAUUAUUAAAUAAAAAUAAAAAGGUCUUACUUCAGUUUUAUACAACCUCUAAAGAGUCAACGAUGAUUAUUAUCGACGGCUUGAAAUUACUAGUUGAUAAAGAUUGUGAAAGGUUGAAGUUAUCAAGCGAAACUCUACGACAUAUCAAAGUUUUAUUUGAUUCAAGAAAGACCACACAACUAGCUAACUUAAAAGUCACAGAUUCUUCGAUUUUCAAGGAUUUAAAGGUCAAUGAAACCGAAAUAAACAAUAGUAUAUCUCUCUAUGCAGAUAAAUUGUUGCAAAAAAAUGCAAUCAUAAAUUCUUUUGAUGCUCCUCUGGAAGAUAAAAAAGAUAUUUACAAUUAUGAUCUACUUAAUAACCUCACAAGUGAAUUUUACUAUGAAGCAUAG